ACAGCCUAAGUUAAAACAGCUGAUGGAAUGCAAUUGCAAUUGCUACUCAUCAAAUUUUUCACAGUGGAGAUCACAUCUUGCAUCACCCUUUCUUCAUUCAGAACUUAUGGCAAACACCUUGUGUCCCAUUGAGCUGGAGCCUAGAACACUCAAUCAACUGCAGCUCACCCAAGCUAGGGAAGUAGCUGCAGAGGUAGUUCAGAAGUUGGAACCAUGUGAAGCAUCAGCUCUAUUCAUUGAGGGGCUGAUGCAUCCAAUACAGAAAGUAAUGCAAAUGGAUGGAAACGAAAACCUAAGUGAGAAGCUUGCUGAUUGCAUGAAGAAAGCUGAGUCUAUUACUGAUCACAGCAAAGCUUGUCAUUGUCAAUGUUCCUGUGCCACUGAAAACUCGUUCAAAGAGCCACUUUCUGCACCCUUUUGAUUUAAGCUUUAUUGCAUUACAUCCUAGUACUAAAUUUGCUCCCUUUUUUUCCUUCUCAUGCUACUGAUGUCAGAUGCAAAUGCUGCUACUAGUUGCUAAUAAAACCAGGGUUCACACAA